AUGAUACUUAUAGGACCUCCAGGAGCAGGUAAAGGAACCCAAGCACCAAAGAUCAAAGAAAGAUAUUGUAUUUGUCAUUUAGCAACAGGUGAUAUGUUACGUUCACAAGUAGCAGCAAAAACUAAACUUGGAGUAGAAGCUAAGAAAAUUAUGGAUUCCGGGGGUUUAGUUUCAGAUGAAAUUAUGGUUGGAAUGAUUGAAGAUGAAUUAAAAAAAAACCCUGAAUGUAAAAAUGGAUUUAUUUUAGACGGAUUUCCUAGAACUGUGCCACAAGCUACAAAACUUGAUGAAAUGCUUAAGAAAGAUAAUAAAAAAUUAGAUAAUGCAGUUGAAUUGGUCAUUGAUGAUAAUUUGUUAGUGUCAAGAAUCGUUGGUAGAUUGAUCCAUACUGCUAGUGGUAGAACUUAUCACAGAAUUUUCAAUCCACCCAAAGUGCCAGGUAGAGAUGAUGUUACAGGUGAACCGUUAAUUCAACGUAGUGAUGAUAAUGAAGCAACUUUAAAGAAAAGAUUAGCAACAUAUCACCAACAGACUACUCCAGUGGUUAAUUAUUAUAAAGCAAAGGGUAUUUGGUCAGCAGUUGAUGCCUCUCAGAGUCCUAAUGUAGUUUGGCAAAGUUUAUUAGCAAUUUUUGAAAAUAAAAAAUAA